AUGACCUCGAGCGCCCCGCGGACGGACGCUGCCGAUGCGCCCCCCCAUGGCGUCCGCGCGAUCCGCCGGACGCUCGCGCACCAGAAGCACGAGCGGCGCCUCGAGCGCGAGAUGAAGCGCGAGAGACAGGCGCUGGAUGCGAAAGCGUCGCAGUGGCAAGACCACGUGCGUCUCAAGAAGAAGAUGCGCAGCCUCCACGCCGUCACGAACGGCGCGAUGAUGCUGCAGUGCUUGACCAUGGCCCAGCCGCUGUCCCGGGCGGCCAAGCGGCAGCAGAUCCAGGCCAUUGACGCGGCCAAGAUGAGUGCCAUCGAGCAGAUUGAAAGCCUCCCGACGCUUUCUUCGCAGCGACGCCGUCGGAUCCGGUCGUUCGAGUCCAAGAUGCGAUCGGUGGUCCGCUGCCCGUCGCUGCCGCUGCUCGCCCCUGUUGAGCCCGUGUCCCGCGCCAAGAGGAAAGUCGACGUGAACCCUCUCUUCUACCUCUAUAUGUGGCAAAGCAUGGAGCGAUAUAGCAAGCCGCAGCUCGAGCAGAUGCUCUUGCACCCGGCGGACCUGGACCUGCUCAACAAGCACACCGAGCAGUGCCUCGAGACGAUCCUCGAGUGCGGCCGGCACUCGGCCGGCCUCCACCUCACGCACGCGGCGCCGUUCUUGCACGAGAUGGCGUUCGCUGCGCACGUCGUCGGUGCCCACGCGUACGCGCAAACCGAGUUGCGCCAGCCGUCGCUUCUGUACCCGCUGCCGAUUUACGAAAAGUCGGUCGUCAGCAGCAGCUGCAAAGCGAUCCGGCACAGCCUCGUCUUCUUGCCGUCGCACUUCCAGGACGACGACAACCGGUUUCCGGACCUCGCCGAGCUCGUCGACGCCACGGUGCGCGCGGCGCCCGAGAUCAUGCACGAGGUCGCACGCUGGACGCAGCCCGUGCCGCCGAUGACGACGCUGGCAGAGCUUGUCGCCGAAUUCCAAGACGCUGCGGGCAACCUCGAGCGCCUCCUUCUCGAGUCACCGUCGUGCCUCGCGUACGUUUCCAACGCGGUCAAGGCCCUCUGCGUGCACCUCUUAUCGAUCGUCGAGCGGGCGCUCCUCGCGCAGUGGGCAGCGUGGGCCCGCGACAUGCCCGAGUGGUUUGUCUCCAACCGCCAACACAUGCACCAGCUCCCGCCGCCGUCGGCGUUCCUCGCCGAUGCGAUCGCUGCGUCGAUGCCCAAGCCCGUGCACGUGCGGCCGGACGCCUCGGCGCGGGACCGCUGGCUCACGUCGCACGUCGAGCACUUUACGAUUGUCAACGCGCGUUGCUACCUCCUCGACGAGCAAAUGCAGACCAAGUACCGCGACGAGAUGGUCGCGCACGCCGCGACGCUUCGGUACAUUGAGUACGUGCGCCUGGAUGCGAGCGUCAACAUGGAGUGGCCGCCGACGAUGCGCUUGAACGAGCGCUUGGCCGAGGCGGCCGCGCGCCUCGAUGUGCUUGCCAAGCAGUUUAUGCUCCACGAGUGGUGCGUCUCGUUCAUCCAGAGCCAAAUUCGACAUCGCCACACGCGGCAAACGAACCCCAAGCCCAUGAAGGAAGAGACCCCGGAUCUACCCCCUGUAUUGACGCCCGAAGACGCGGUGCCGACCACGGUCCUUCAUGACGAGCACAGUGAGGAGGAGCAUUAUGAAGACGACCACGCAGACGAAGAAGACGACGCACAGCGCGAUGCGGACGAGGAAGAUGCGACGCGCGACGAUGACGACGACGAUGACGAUGAUGCUGACAGCGAGGUCGAUCACAACGCGUUUGCAGUCCCCCACGUCGUCGACAAGGAGGAUCCCACGGACGAAGACGCAGACGCCAAUGACGAUGCGGCGACUGGUCUGACCACGGACAGUCCAUUCGACGACCGUCAUGACGACGACGAUGGUGUUGUCGAGGACGUGGCCGACACGAUCGAAGAUGAUGUCAUGGCCAGCGGCAACGAGGCGGACAGCAGUGCCGACGCAGUGAUCGGUGCCGAUGACAACAUCGGAGCCGACGUUGAGAUUAGUCUUGACGACGCCAACGACGAGAUUGCGGGUGACGUCGCUGCCAACGAUCCGGAGGCCGAGCUUGCCGCAGCGGACGACGCCAGCGUAAACGCUGCUAUGGGCGCCGACGACGUGCCGCAGUCGGAAAGCAGCCGUGCCACCGAUGCCGAGCCUGCCGUCUGCGGCAACGACCAAGACGACGCACCGUUCACGGCUCCAGCAAUUGUCGAAGAGCCUUGCAUCGCCCACGAGUCUUCCAAGAAGGUCAAGAAGAAGGCCAAAAGUGGGGGUGGCACGCCACGUCGCCGGUACCCGCGCCGGUUUACGAUCGAUUUGACCAACGAAGACGACGACGAAGAAGGUAGCUCGGACACCGCCAAGGAGAGCGAGGAUCCGGACCUGGAAGAAAAGGCGCCACCGAGCGCGUUUGUCGAGACGCCGAGUGACGACGAAGACGAUCAGCCGCUCUCGAUGCUCAAGCGGUCGGCGCGGGCGGCGACAACCGACGACGUCCGUUUCGUGCUCGUGUCCGACACGACGAUCUUUGAGACUGCGAGCGACGAGAAGGCACCCGUGCGCACCGACUCGGACGACGAGGUCGCCAAGCCCCGGCGCAAGCGCAGCAUUGGACACGCGCCGCUUCCGUCGAGCAAGCGUCCGUGCGACGAAGCGACGGCGCGCGGCCGGUUCCGUCCCAAGCCCAACGCCCAGAUCGACUUGUUGUGCCAGCAAGCCAUGUCGCGCAUGCUGCACACGAUCGAGACGAAGCUCGGGUGCCCCGGCAUGUCGUGUGGCCAGGCCUUCACCUGCCUCCGCUGCAAGCAUUGCGCCAGUCACUGCACGUGCCGACCGGCGCCCGCGUCAGCCGUCCCCAACUUUGUGCCCGUCGAUCGUCUCCGCAACGAGCAAGAGUAUGUGUUUCAAGCCGCCCGUGCGCGCGUGCGCCGGCGUCUCCGCGUCGUCGAAUCGGCGGCAUCGCCGGCCGCGUCGUACACCAAGUGCCUCGACGGUCCGCAGCUCUGGUCCUCCCGGCGCAUCGUGGCGCUUUGGAACGCGACAAAAGACGCGCACGGUGUCCUCGGUGUGCCCAAGCACGCGUCGUGGGGCACGGUCAAGAAUCAAUACCGGACGCUCGUGCUCAAGCUGCAUCCCGACAAGAGCCGCAGCACGCCCGAGAAGGUGUCGGCGUUCGUUGCCGUCACCACGGCGUACAAGCGCCUGCGCAGUACGUUUCAGGCGCCAUGAUCCUCCUCAGUAAUGCAUCAUCGUAUCGCGUAACAAGAAGAAGAAGAAAGCGAAUUGCA